AUGCAGCUUACCAUUGCUAGUGUGACCUCCCUGCUAUUGUCUUGCUGUCUGUCUGAUGUGGAAGGACGAAAAUUCAUCUCUACUCUUUCAGUGACUAAUGGAGGAAAAUUGGGUGACUGGGGAGAAGUGCAAUCCUGUCCCAAAGGCUACGUGGAUAAGUUUUCACUAAAGAUAGAAGCCGAGCGGGGUGCCUUCGAUGAUGAUAGUUCUCUAAAUGGCAUUCGCCUGUAUUGCACAGAUGGCUCAGUCAUCACAUCCCUAGUGGGAAAGUACGGUGACUGGUCUGACCAACAAUCAUGCAAGUCUGGCUUCCUGAAUUCAUUCUCACUUCAAGUGUCAGAACCUGUAAAAUGGGCUGAUGCUACAGCAGCUGACAACAUUAAGUUUAAGUGCACAGAUGGAACUGAAUUGGAAGGAAAAGGAAUCGAUUGGGGCAAAUAUGGUUCGUGGAGUACUUCCUGCCCAAAGCAUGGCAUUUGUGGGAUUCAGACAAGGGUGGAGAUAACAGGCAGGCAACCUAACCGAGAUGUCAGUGGACUCAACGAUGUCAAGUUUUUCUGUUGCCAUUAA